CACCUUGUUGUCUCGGAUUCUCCAGCAUCUGCAGUUCCUACUAUCUCCUUUCUUCCAACGGACAGGCGAGCGCUUUAGGAUAAUGCCACGCCCCCUUUCCGCACCCCGCCCCUUCCUUGACCCUGGGCGCAAGCGUGGUCGUGCUGCCGCUUGACAGGCUAGCGCAUGCGCAGCAGUAGGUUUGACUGCUGUUUGUCAUUAAGCCUGGCCUCGGGCAUUCAGUGAACGAGCGGAAGUUGUCUACCAGGUUGUGGGGAGGGAAAAAAAAAAUUCUCCGUGCUGUCACUGUUCUCCGGCGUCUCGCUUCAGCACGGUAUCCGUCCAAACCCCUCCCUACACUCUCGUCUCCCUCUGUCGCUCGUCAUGUACCGGUAUCUAGGGGAGCUCGUGGCUCGCGGGGCGGCCGCUGCCUCGCCGUGCGCUGCUGAGGGCGGUUUGCAGCGCCUCAGCGGGCCGGCUGUGCUGCUCCACUGCCGGCGUUACUCGACCGAGCCCUCGGCCGCCCAGCAGCAAGAUGACCCUAACUUCUUCAACAUGGUGGAGGGAUUUUUCGACCGCGGGGCGAAGAUCGUGGAGGACAAGCUGGUGGAGGACCUGCGGACCCGCGAGUCGGACGAGCAGAAGCACAACCGGGUGCGGGGCAUCCUGAAGAUUAUCAAGCCCUGCAACCACGUCCUGUCCGUGUCCUUCCCCAUCAAGAGGGAUAACGGCGAGUGGGAGGUUAUCGAGGGCUACCGAGCCCAGCACAGUCAGCACCGGAUGCCCUGCAAAGGAGAUGCUGCCAGACUUGAGCUUUUCCAGCAAUUUGUUUUUGUCCUAAAUUUCUGGAUUUGGCCUUCUGACUGCUGA